UGGAGUUCCAUGGAGUGAUGAGAUUUUAUUUUCAAGAUAAAGCUGCUGGAAACUUUGCAACAAAAUGUAUUCGGGUCUCUAGUACUGCCACCACUCAAGAUGUAAUCGAAACGCUCGCAGAGAAAUUUCGACCUGAUAUGCGAAUGCUGUCCUCUCCCAAGUAUUCCCUCUAUGAAGUGCAUGUCAGCGGAGAAAGAAGAUUGGACAUAGAUGAGAAACCUCUAGUUGUACAAUUGAAUUGGAACAAAGAUGACCGGGAAGGCAGAUUUGUUCUUAAGAAUGAGAAUGACGCCAUUCCUCCUAAGAAGGCUCAAAGUAAUGGACCUGAAAAGCAGGAAAAAGAAGGGGUUAUCCAGAACUUCAAGAGAACUCUGUCAAAGAAAGAAAAGAAGGAAAAAAAGAAGAGAGAAAAAGAGGCAUUGCGACAGGCAUCUGAUAAAGAUGAUAGACCUUUCCAAGGGGAGGAUGUUGAAAAUUCUCGACUGGCUGCUGAGGUUUACAAAGACAUGCCUGAAACCAGCUUUACUCGAACCAUUUCUAAUCCUGAGGUGGUUAUGAAACGACGGAGGCAACAAAAAUUGGAAAAGAGGAUGCAGGAAUUUCGGAGCUCAGAUGGGCGGCCUGAUUCAGGUGGAACAUUGAGAAUUUAUGCAGAUAGUUUAAAACCAAAUAUUCCCUACAAGACAAUCCUGCUGUCUACUACAGAUCCUGCAGACUUUGCUGUGGCUGAAGCUUUAGAGAAGUAUGGUCUGGAAAAAGAAAACCCUAAGGAUUACUGCAUUGCCCGGGUUAUGCUUCCUCCUGGAGCCCAGCAUUCUGAUGAAAAGGGUGCUAAAGAAAUUAUUCUUGAUGAUGAUGAGUGUCCUUUACAAAUCUUCAGGGAAUGGCCAAGUGACAAAGGGAUUUUAGUCUUUCAGUUGAAGAGGAGGCCACCAGACCACAUCCCAAAGAAAACCAAGAAACACUUGGAAGGCAAGACACCCAAGGGAAAGGAGAGAGCUGACGGGUCUGGCUAUGGCUCCGCCCUUCCUCCGGAGAAGCUGCCCUAUUUAGUAGAGUUAAGCCCAGGGAGAAGGAAUCACUUUGCCUACUACAACUAUCACACUUAUGAAGAUGGUUCUGACUCUAGAGAUAAGCCAAAGCUUUACCGCCUUCAGUUAAGUGUUACUGAAGUUGGUACAGAAAAAUUGGAUGACAGCUCUAUCCAGUUGUUUGGCCCAGGAAUUCAGCCCCAUCAUUGUGACCUCACCAACAUGGAUGGAGUGGUCACUGUGACGCCCAGAAGUAUGGACGCAGAAACCUAUGUGGAAGGCCAGCGCAUCUCGGAAACCACCAUGCUGCAGAGUGGCAUGAAAGUGCAGUUUGGGGCAUCCCAUGUAUUUAAGUUUGUGGACCCCAGUCAGGAUCAUGCUCUUGCAAAAAGAUCUGUGGAUGGAGGCCUGAUGGUUAAGGGCCCGAGACAUAAACCUGGAAUUGUUCAGGAGACAACUUUUGAUUUGGGAGGAGAUAUUCAUAGUGGGACAGCAUUACCGACAAGCAAGAGCACCACUAGGCUGGACAGCGACAGAGUAUCAUCUGCCUCUAGCACAGCCGAGCGGGGAAUGGUGAAGCCGAUGAUCAGGGUAGAGCAGCAGCCAGAUUAUCGCAGGCAAGAAAGCAGAACACAGGAUGCUUCUGGGCCUGAACUGAUACUGCCUGCAAGCAUUGAAUUCAGGGAAAGUUCUGAAGAUUCAUUUUUAUCUGCCAUUAUAAAUUAUACUAAUAGCUCUACAGUCCACUUUAAGUUGUCCCCUACAUAUGUAUUAUAUAUGGCAUGCCGGUAUGUAUUGUCCAACCAGUACAGACCUGACAUCAGCCCUACAGAGCGCACGCAUAAAGUCAUUGCAGUCGUCAACAAGAUGGUGAGCAUGAUGGAGGGCGUCAUCCAGAAACAGAAGAAUAUUGCAGGGGCACUUGCCUUCUGGAUGGCAAAUGCAUCUGAACUUCUCAACUUCAUUAAGCAAGACCGAGACCUUAGUCGGAUCACACUGGAUGCUCAAGAUGUUUUAGCACAUUUGGUUCAAAUGGCAUUUAAGUACUUGGUUCACUGCCUUCAGUCAGAACUUAAUAAUUACAUGCCAGCCUUUCUGGAUGACCCUGAAGAGAACAGUCUGCAAAGACCAAAAAUAGAUGAUGUGCUGCACACGCUCACAGGAGCCAUGUCCUUGCUACGACGCUGCAGAGUCAAUGCCGCCCUGACCAUCCAGCUCUUCUCGCAGCUUUUCCACUUUAUCAAUAUGUGGCUGUUCAAUAGAUUAGUGACUGACCCAGAUUCAGGGCUGUGCUCCCAUUACUGGGGCGCAAUUAUCCGUCAGCAGCUGGGCCAUAUUGAAGCCUGGGCUGAGAAGCAGGGGCUGGAGCUGGCUGCAGACUGUCAUCUGAGCAGGAUCGUGCAGGCAACAACUUUGCUUACCAUGGAUAAGUAUGCACCUGAUGACAUUCCAAAUAUAAACAGCACCUGCUUUAAGUUAAAUUCACUACAACUUCAAGCCUUAUUACAGAACUAUCACUGUGCACCUGAUGAGCCUUUUAUCCCAACGGAUCUUAUAGAAAAUGUAGUGGCUGUGGCUGAAAACACUGCUGAUGAGCUCGCCCGUAGCGAUGGAAGGGAAGUGCAGUUGGAAGAGGAUCCUGACCUGCAGCUGCCGUUUCUUUUGCCAGAAGAUGGUUAUUCUUGUGAUGUUGUCAGAAACAUUCCAAAUGGUUUACAAGAAUUUUUAGACCCUCUGUGCCAGAGAGGAUUUUGCAGGUUAAUUCCUCACACACGUUCACCAGGUACUUGGACAAUAUAUUUUGAAGGUGCAGAUUAUGAAAGUCACCUUCUGCGUGAGAACACAGAGCUGGCUCAGCCUCUGAGGAAAGAACCUGAAAUAAUCACUGUGACCCUAAAAAAGCAGAAUGGAAUGGGCCUUAGCAUUGUUGCAGCAAAGGGUGCUGGUCAAGAUAAACUAGGAAUCUAUGUGAAGUCGGUUGUGAAAGGAGGUGCUGCAGAUGUGGAUGGACGUCUAGCUGCAGGUGAUCAACUCCUCAGCGUGGAUGGACGAAGUCUGGUUGGACUCUCUCAGGAAAGGGCAGCAGAACUCAUGACAAGAACAAGCUCUGUGGUGACACUGGAAGUAGCAAAGCAGGGUGCCAUCUACCACGGUCUGGCCACCCUUCUCAAUCAGCCAUCCCCCAUGAUGCAGAGAAUUUCAGAUCGUCGUGGCUCAGGCAAACCCCGACCAAAGAGUGAAGGCUUUGAACUCUAUAAUAAUUCCGCUCAAAAUGGGUCUCCUGAGAGUCCUCAGCUGCCUUGGGCAGAAUAUAGUGAACCAAAGAAAUUGCCCGGUGAUGACAGACUGACGAAAAAUAGAGCUGAUCACCGUUCCAGCCCCAACGUAGCAAAUCAGCCUCCUAGUCCUGGAGGGAAAAGUGCAUAUGCCUCUGGAACAGCAGCGAAGAUAACAUCUGUCUCUACUGGAAACCUCUGCACUGAGGAGCAGACGCCUCCGCCUAGACCUGAAGCCUACCCCAUCCCCACUCAGACGUACACCAGAGAGUAUUUUACCUUCCCAGCUUCCAAAUCCCAGGAUCGGAUGGCUCCUCCUCAGAACCAGUGGCCAAAUUAUGAGGAAAAGCCACAUAUGCACACAGAUAGUAAUCACUCCAGUAUUGCAAUUCAGCGUGUUACACGUUCCCAAGAAGAACUUCGAGAAGAUAAAGCUUACCAACUUGAGCGGCAUCGAAUAGAGGCAGCUAUGGACAGAAAGUCUGAUAGUGAUAUGUGGAUAAAUCAGAGCUCCUCAUUGGACUCCAGUACAUCAAGCCAAGAGCACCUGAACCAUUCCUCUAAGUCGGUCACCCCUGCUUCCACACUGACCAAAAGUGGCCCUGGCCGUUGGAAAACACCAGCAGCAAUACCGGCCACCCCUGUGGCCGUCUCCCAGCCAAUCCGAACAGACCUGCCUCCGCCACCCCCGCCACCUCCCGUCCACUACGCCGGUGAUUUCGAUGGAAUGUCCAUGGAUUUGCCUCUCCCACCACCCCCUUCCAACAACCAGAUAGGACUACCCUCUGCGCAGGUGGCUGCUGCCGAACGGAAAAAGAGAGAGGAACAUCAGCGUUGGUAUGAGAAGGAGAAGGCCCGCCUGGAGGAGGAGCGGGAGAGGAAGCGGAGAGAGCAGGAGAGGAAGUUGGGCCAGAUGCGCACUCAGUCCCUAAACCCUGCUCCGUUUUCUCCCCUGACCACACAGCAGAUGAAGCCCGAAAAGCCUUCCACACUCCAGCGGCCCCAGGAAACAGUCAUUCGGGAGCUACAGCCUCAGCAGCAGCCCCGCACGAUCGAGCGCAGGGACUUGCAGUACAUCACAGUCAGCAAAGAGGAGCUUUCCUCGGGGGACAGUCUGUCUCCUGACCCGUGGAAGCGGGAUGCCAAGGAGAAGCUGGAGAAGCAGCAGCAGAUGCACAUCGUGGACAUGCUGAGCAAGGAGAUCCAGGAGCUCCAGAGCAAACCGGACCGCAGCGCGGAGGAGAGCGACCGGCUGCGCAAGCUCAUGCUGGAGUGGCAGUUCCAGAAGAGACUACAGGAGUCGAAGCAGAAGGACGAAGAUGACGAGGAGGAGGAGGACGACGAUGUGGACACCAUGCUCAUCAUGCAGCGCCUGGAGGCUGAACGAAGAGCGAGGCAGACUGCUAUGCCAGCAAUCUCUGUUCUAGAUUUGUUGCAGGACGAGGAGCGGAGGCGGCAGCAGCAGUUAGAAGAGAUGCGCAAGCGGGAAGCGGAAGACCGAGCGAGGCAAGAGGAAGAGCGCCGGCGGCAGGAGGAGGAGCGAACAAAACGAGAUGCUGAAGAAAAGGUUAUGGUCCUCUAAGGGCAGCUAGAAUUUUACCAAGUUAGCCUGAACGUAAUCGAUUGGCUGGGGCAGAGCGGGCUGGAAGUUCUGUGUGUCUUAAGAAGCACAAGGCAGAGCAGGGCCUGGCUCCCCCAGCUUUGUGAUUGGACCAGCAACUUUACCCCGUCUGGCCCACCUACCUCUCUUCUGGACUGUCUCCAGAUCCCCUUAUCUGCCAAGUUUUGUCUCCCUCAAACUUCUGAACUCUUGGGUGUGUGUAGCAGUGAGCCUCUUUGCAAACGGUUCGUUUCCUCGGGCACUCAUCUUUACUGGACAUGGCCCAGCUUGUCAUUGUGAAGGUGACAUUUGUUCAGUGAUUGCUUAAAUGGCAUGUGGACCGUGGGAAGCAGUAGAAGCAUAGUAAGACAGUUGGCUGCCAUUCAACAUUUCAAAUAGAUGGUUUACUCAAAUCACUCACUUCUGGUUGAUGGUAAAGGGAGCAGAUGGCUUAGAAAACAUGAUACAGGAAAAUUUAGUAUGUAAUCCAGUAAAUAUUCUGAGUUACUUAUUUUCAUUUGUGUGUGUGUGUGUUUAAGUCAAGUAACCCUUUUAAUUGAAUUUUAAAAUGACAGCGAAUUUUGACAUUCUGAGAAAUGGGGAUUUUGAGAUGUUUCUCUCCAUAUCUCCCUUCGUCCUGUGUGUGGCCAAUGCCCUCUGGAUGAAGAGGCUGUAGCCAUUGAGCUCCCUGUGGGGGCCUGUGUCAUCCCGAGGGGACUGCGUGUUGCUCUUUGUGGUUUGAGAGAAGCUGCUCUUCUCUGUUACUUCCCUUCUGUGAAGGUAGAAGCUUUCAGUGUUACAACUUCUGAUGGCGGAAAAUUUAGUUUUUAUUAAUAAUUCCUUCUUCGAUAGUCUAGUGAACUAUAUUAAUAGAACAGUGUACUGUUCACAGAAAAGAACUUGUAGGGAGUUUUUUGUAGUGAUAUGAUCUAUUAGGAUAUAGAGCAAUCUAACAGUAAGCUUGAUAGACAUGAUGUGACUUCACUUAAAUGGAGUAGAGUGAAUAAGGACACUCACCUGUGUUGAAAUUGGUGAUUUCUGCAUUUCGUAGACCUUUGCCCUCUAAGUUUAUUAUCAUAUUAUCUGUUGACUCUGAAUAGCGUUUGAAGUCCUUUCAAAGAGUUUGAGCUUUCAGGAUUAGGUUCCCCUAUGAGUCUUUCACUUGUGUAAUGGUAAGUCAACAUUGAUGAUCUUUCUAAGGAAAUCAGAUUUCCAAAAUGCUGAGCCGCUUGAUGUCUGAGUGUUGACGGUGUUUGCUGCUGCUUUGCUGUUCCGUGAAAGCACUCCCUGGCUGCUUGGAGGGCUGUAUUUUUCCAGGGCAGUGCCAGCUUGGCUGUCCCAGGCCCUGCACAGUGCCCAUUGUUACAGCUGGGCCCAGUCCUGGCCACGCUGGAGCCUCGACGGGGGCAGCUGAGUUGUCACGGCAGCACAGAGCACAUACAGAGAGGACCAGGCCAUGUUUUUCCUAUGUUGAGAAACUCUUGGGUUAUUUAAUUUUUCCAAUGUGUUUUCAUAACUCAUGAUUAUGUCAAAUACACUUGUGUUAGUAACUGCUUCUAUAAUUAAGUGGUCACUGUAAAAAGAAGGCGAAUAACCUAUUUUUAUAUCAGAAUGUCCAAAACUCAUGGGUUUGCUUUGUUAUAGAAAAAUGUGCCAUUCAUUUGUUGGGUAGAAUAAAGUCGUCUUGUAAUUGUAUCUGCUCUUGGUAUAACUAAAAGAGGAUGUUUUGAUUUCUCCCUAAAAUGUUAUCAAGCAACUGUUCUUCAUGUUAAUACCAAGAUUCUUGAUAGUUCCAUUUAAAAGCCACAAGAAGUCAUUCUGGUUUACUCCUCACUCCAAGGGAACACUUACUCUGUGUAGACAAGAAAAUGAGAGUCUUCCUUCAGGAUUUCUGAACAUAGAGCAAGAAGAUUCAAUGAGAAAUUGGGCUCAGGGCAGUAAUUGGGCUGGCAUUUAUUCUUAAGAGUUUUCUCCCUCAAGAGGUGGAGUGAUAUUGCAUGUUCACUCGUGUGUGUGUGUGUGUGUGUGUGUGUGUGUGUGGCUCUAGAGGGAGUAGGGAGAAAAUACAGCAUGAAAUUGAAAAUAGGACUAACAACUUUUCACUGAAUGCCAGCAAGGUCUCUCAAAUUAGUUUUCUUCGGUUGAACGAAUUUAAAAUUCAUUGUACUUCAUUUCACAGCAUUAAACAUUUACUCGAGGCAGUUUAUUCUGUUUGCUCUUUCAUCCCCCUUCUUAUUUACUUUUUUCUUGUGCUCUGAAACUUUUGUCAAUCUUUAACAAAACUGUGCUGUUACCUUUUUUUAAUGUUAAAAUAAUUUUAACACUGUCAACUGUAGUUUUGUGCCGAUGUAUGUGAGAAAAACAUGUACAGUAUGUGUCAAAAUAUAUUUGAAUCUCUUGUUGCUGUUGCUGUUAA